AUGACAAUGGAUACAAUACAAGAUGAAAAUAUAAAUGAGCAAGCCAUAAAAACUACUAAAAGAAAAAACCAAAAAGUUGGUACAAGAAAAACUGUUAAAGAAAUAGAAAUAAAAGAAGAAGAUAGUCAAUAUUUUCAUCGUAAUUUUAAAUUAAUUUCGUUAUCAUUAGGAUAUAUUGUAAAUACUUUCUUUUAUUUUUUAUUUAUUCACAUUUCUAGUAAAAUUCUAGACAAAUUCGUACAUAUCUUGUCAAAAAUAUCAGAAUAUGAUUAUAAUGAUAGUUUAAUAAUAGGAUCAAUUAAAAUUAUAAUUACUUUAUCAAUCUGGUAUAAAUAUUUUUCUGGAGGUUAUGAUGGAGAUCCAUUUUUUCAUUUUUUCAAACAUAAUUUUAAAUUAAUCAAUAAAAGAGAAGCAUAUGUAAUUUUUUUUUCAAAUAUAAUUGGAACGUUUAUAUAUAUUACAACUUUAAAAAUUAUUAAUAGAAAACAUAUAGAUUUUCAUUUAAGUAACAUAAUUAUUGAAUAUAUUCAGAAAAAAAAAAUUUAUAAAAAUAAAUCUUUUUUGACUGCUUUUAUAUAUCCAAAACUUCCGAAUUUUUUAAAAACAAUUAUUAUGAAUAUUUUAAUUUUAUCAUGCCCUUAUAGUAGUUUAGGAAAUAAAUAUAUUGAUAGAAUUUUUAUUAAUAAUGUUGAAUUAUAUUCUUCUAUAAUAAUGGAUUUUUACUUAAAUGAAUUUAUUUGUUCUUUCUUGAGUUAUGUUUUAUUGUACAUUUAUUUAUUUACAAAAGAUAAUUUGUCAUACCCUAUUCAAAUUAAUUUAAUUUUUACACAAUUAAUUUUUUUAUUUUCAAAUGAAAGUAGUCAUAUUAUAGGUGGCCCUUUUAUGAGUUUGAGUUGGAUAAUUAAUGAUUUUAUACAAAAAAAAUUUAAAUUGCUUUUUUUAUUUUUUUUAAUUGUUUCUCAUUAUUCUGGUUAUAAAUUAGCUAGUUUAAUUUUAAAAAAACCUCAUUUAUCACUAUUAGAUGCAAACAGUUAUUAUCAAAAUAUUGAUUACGAAAUAUUACAAGAUAACUUAACUGAAUAUGGGAAAGUAGACAUUUCGUUAAUAAUGAAUGAACACAUUAAGGAUAGCAAUGUAGUAGAUUCUUAUUUAGGUAGAUUUUUUCAAAAGAUUCUUAAUUUAUAUUUAUUAAAAUUGUCAAAUAAAAAGAAUAACUAA